AUUUACCAGUGUUUAUGGAAUCAAAUAAUGUGUUUCUGAACUAAAAAUUUGUAAAAAAAAUUGUAAAUUUCCAGUUCCCUAAUCCUGUGGGGCUGGGUGUCCUACGCAGACAUCUGCAGAUGGCGAUAGAAUAAGAGAAAGAGAAAGAGAAAGAGAAAGAGAGAGGCCCAUGGAAGUUUAUAUGUAUAUAUUACGAGAAAUUAUAUAAUUAAUACAAAUGGCGUCUUCAUAACAGACAUGCCCUGCAACUGCUAUUCUGCCAUUUGUUGUUACCACCCUUUGUCAUUUUCUUCAAUUCCUUUCUUGCUUCCAUCGCUUAUCCUUCCUCCCUUGACGUCUUCUACUUCUUUUUCUCUCUCUAUACUCUGUGUAUAUAUAUCGAAAAUCUUGUGUGCACUGUGGAAAUGGAGAAAUUGGUGUUUGUUUGAUUUCUGGCUCUAAAAACACUACUGUAGAUUGUUUGAGUUUAUGAGGCUAGGCGAGGGGAGGUGAGGUUUGUUACAAGUUGUUUGAAUUGUGGCGAUAAAAUGGCGGGGACUCAUCGGAAUGUUCUUCAAGGUUCGACUACGGAGGGGGAGGAGCCGAGUGUAGAUACAGAUAAGCUGAGUUACGAGAUCUUUUCUAUACUGGAGAGUAAGUUUUUGUUCGGUUACGAUGAUCAGAAGCUUUGGAUUCCGAAAACUAUUGCGCCGGCGGUGGAGGGAGAUGAUAAAAACGAGGUUGCGGAGGUUGGCGGGAACGAUGAAGUGCAAGCGAUCAUAAACCAGAGAGGGAAGAUUUGUAUAUUGGCGAUUGACGGCGGCGGAAUGCGGGGGAUUCUGUCCGGGAAAGCGCUGGCGUAUUUGGAACAGGCGUUGAAGGUGAAAUCGGGGAAUCCGGAGGCGCGGAUCGCGGAUUAUUUUGACGUGGCGGCCGGCUCCGGCGUCGGAGGGAUUUUCACGGCGAUGUUGUUUGGGACGAAGGAUAGGAGCCGUCCGAUUUUCAAUGCGGACGACACGUGGAGGUUUUUGGCUGAGAAUGGGAAGAAGCUGUAUUCUUCUUCUUCCAAAGGUUCCGGGAGCGGCGGUUUUCUCAGGCGAGUUUUCCGCGGUAGCGACGGAACCGUUUCCGCCGCCGCGCGGUUGGAGAAGGCGAUGAAAGAGGCGUUCACGGACGAGAAAACCGGGCGGAGCUUGACGUUGAAGGACACGUUGAAGCCGGUUUUGAUCCCCUGCUACGACCUCUCCAGUACGGCGCCGUUUCUGUUCUCCCGAGCCGACGCGCUGGAGACGGAGAGCUACGACUUCCGGCUCUGGGAGGUCUGCCGAGCCACGUCGGCCGAGCCGGGAGUGUUCGAGCCGGUUUGCAUGACGUCAGUGGACGGGUCGACCCGGUGCGUGGCGGUGGACGGUGGAUUAGCCAUGAGCAACCCGACGGCGGCGGCGAUCACGCACGUGCUCCACAACAAGCAGGAGUUCCCUUUCGUGAGAGGCGUCGAGGACAUUUUGGUACUUUCGCUCGGCACGGCCCAGCUUUUAGAAGGCAGCUUUGAAUAUGAACAAGUCAAGGGCUGGAAGGCCAAGCAAUGGGCUAUACCUAUGGCCCGCAUCUCCGGCGACGGCUCCGCCGACUUAGUCGACCACGUCGUCGCCAUGGCUUUCGGCCACUCACGGACCACCAAUUACGUCCGCGUUCAGGCCAAUGGAUUUAACUCUGGUAGUUGCGGAGUGAACCUAGACACUGACCCGAGUCCCAACAAUGUGAAAAGGCUCGUUGGGAUAGCGGAUGAAAUGCUGAAGCAGAAAAACGUGGAGUCUGUGCUCUUCGGUGGCAAGAGGAUUGGCGAGCAGAGCAAUUUCGAGAAACUGGAGUGGUUUGCUGGAGAACUGGUGCAAGAACAUCAGAGGAGGAGUUGCAGAAUCGCUCCCACUGUCGCAUUCAAGCAGGCUACACCAACAACUCCCAAAUAGUGUUCAGAAUAACAAGAAAAGAAGAAAAAAAAUAUAUACGGUGAAGGUGAAAAAUGAGUGGAGCUGAUGGGAGAAAAGAAAAGGGUAAAAACCAAAAGUGAAGAAUAUAAUGGUAAAAAUAGUGGGUUAAGGGUUUAGAUUUGAAAGAGGCCUGGCCUAAGAGGGAACGCGGUUGUGGUGGUGGGGACUGAAUGAUCUUUGGUGGGAUUCUUUGCCGGCAUUGUGGUGGCCAUUGCUAAAGCAAAUGGAAGUGCUCCCAUUUCAAACAUUAGAUAAUGCAUUCAAUUGGUAGUUGGGAAAUUAUAUUUAUAUUUCCUUAGUAUUUUUGUUUGUCUUCCCAAUCUUUUCUCCGAUCCUUUCGUGGCCACAUUUAUUCUUGUCUCUUAUACCAGUUCUCGGUCCAAUAAAUUAAGAAAAAGGAGUGGAACCCAAAGGUAGGUUCUUACGCGUUACUCGACUGGAAACAUCACUUUCUGUUCGAUUACAUUAAGCUAGAUGAAACCCAAUCCCUGUUUUCUUUGUGUAAUCAUUGUUUUUUUCUUCUUCUUUUCCUUUAUUAGUGAAGAUUGUGUCAUGGGAUAGAGAAUGUAAUGUGUAAAUGAGAACUUCUCAAGUGGUUACUUUAGUGUUUUUAUUUUUAUUUUACUAGUAGUGUAUUUUUGCCUAUAUCUACUCUUUGAGAUAAAUAAAAGGCAAAUUAUCAUUUGAUUUA